AUGCCAGACUCGGCCGACCCGGCACCACCAGAACGCGAAGCACACGAGAGCCUGGCCAAGGAGCCAACGGACAUAACGUACGAGGAGUAUCAUCAACACGCGGAUGCGUAUCUGGAAGAGCUGGUGAACAGGCUAGAGCAAGAGCAGGAGAAGCGACAGGAUCUAGAGGUCGAAUACGCGUCCGGAGUCCUCGAAGUCGCAAUUGUUUCGAAAGGGAUAUACGUUCUGAACAAGCAGCCUCCGAACAAGCAGAUCUGGCUAAGUUCUCCCUUGUCCGGACCGAAGCGGUUCGAUUGGGUGGUUGUGGGUGAGUCGAUGAACCAGAAGCAAGGCUCAGGCAUAGGAGACUGGAUCUAUCUCCGUGAUGGUACAUCGCUCACGGCUUUGUUAAAGAAGGAACUUGGAGUUGAGCUGGGCGUUGAUCAGGAUAUUGCGUCGGCUACGACGAAAUAG